CGCGAGCGGGACCCGGCGCGGCCGCUGCCAUGGGCCGGCGGGCGCCCUGGGAACGGCAAUACUGACUAGUGGACAUCUUGACAAGGUCUCCGAGCAACGUUUUCUGUAGAGCUGAAUGAAAGCAGAAGCAGCUGGGUGAAUUGAUGAGCUUGCCUUGGGAGCCUCUAAGUAGGCAAAAUUGGAACCCACAAUGGGUCAAAAGGUCACAGGUGGGAUAAAGACUGUGGAUAUGAGGGACCCGGUGUACAGACCGUUGAAGCAGGAGCUCCACAGACUUGACUACAGCAAACCCACGCGUCUGGACUUGCUACUGGACAUGCCUCCUGUAUCCUAUGAAGUCCAGUUAUUGCAUUCAUGGAACAAUGAUGAUCGCUCGCUGAAUGUAUUUGUGAAGGAGGACGAUAAACUCAUAUUUCACCGGCAUCCGGUGGCUCAGAGCACAGACGCUAUCAGAGGCAAAGUGGGAUACACACGAGGACUGCAUGUGUGGCAGAUAACGUGGGCAAUGCGGCAGCGAGGCACACAUGCUGUGGUAGGGGUGGCAACAGCAGAUGCCCCUUUGCAUUCUGUAGGGUACACCACACUUGUAGGAAAUAACCAUGAAUCGUGGGGAUGGGACCUUGGGCGUAACAGACUGUACCACGAUGGCAAGAACCAGCCGAGUAAAACCUAUCCUGCCUUCCUAGAACCAGAUGAAACUUUCAUUGUGCCGGAUUCCUUCCUGGUGGUUCUGGACAUGGAUGAUGGGACACUGAGUUUCAUUGUAGAUGGGCAAUAUAUGGGUGUUGCCUUUCGGGGACUUAAAGGGAAAAAGCUGUAUCCAGUGGUAAGCGCAGUGUGGGGACACUGUGAAAUAAGGAUGCGCUACUUGAACGGACUUGACCCUGAACCACUGCCUCUGAUGGACUUGUGUCGGCGAGCUGUGAGGCUUGCUCUGGGCAAGGAAAGACUGAAUGAGAUCCCUACCCUGCCACUGCCAGCCUCCCUCAAGAGUUACCUGCUCUACCAAUGACCUUCAUGUUGUGGGACAGAGAGUUGAAACCAAGGCAAAAUGUCUGGAGCUGACCCACUGGGCAGUGGGUUCGCCACCCUCGUAUCAUUGCUACUGUUGGAAAUCCUUGGCCAAAGUACUCCUGUUACUGCUAAAAAUCUCCAUGUGCCCUUAAUGGCAAGCUCUCGAGUAGUCUUUAUUUUGCGAUGGAGUGUUUUGUUCUUUGGAAGUCACUUCCCCAGCACAGUUUAAAAAAGGAAACUUAACAGAAGCUCUGUGCUUCCCUGCUUCUCCUGAUAAAAGGCUGUACUGCAUCCUUGGGGUCGUAGAGCCUGGGAGUGAGCCCUUCUAUAGCAGCUUAAGGGAAGAGCAUAGCUGGGGGAAGGGAAGGCACUAGGAGUGAUCUUAAGACUAGGUGCUAAGAAUGGAAAGGCAUGGGGUGGCCAGUGGAAUUGGGAAGAGUCUGGAAUACCAAGAGAAAAUCAUUGCUGAGUUCUUUAAAAACCAAAAAAAAAACAACACCCUAACACCAAAACCAAGAACCCUUCCACCAGGAUGCUUUAUUUGAAGGAAGUGGUUAUAUUGCUCAUGUCUGUCUCUGCCAGGACCUCUCACCAUGUUCUAAUGUUACUUCAUAAAAAGUGAAUCUUGCUUUCCUGUUUAUCACCAUCACCUUUUCAGUUCUCCUGCUCCAUUCUCUGUCCUGCAGCUUCUGAGUGGGUGUCAGCUGAUUGAGCAGCCAACCCAUGUCUUCACCUGCCCUCUUCCUCUUGAAUGAAAGCUGUAGGUUUUAGUUUGGGAUUCCUUGCUGAUGUGGGGACAAAGAAGGGGCAAAUGUUUUCUGCAAAGCACUUCUUGGUGAGACAGGCUGGAUGAGCUCUGACACUUGUGUCAGACAGCUGUAGGUCUUGCCAUCUUAGGUCUGCUUUCUGUUUAGCCCAUUCCAGGCUAAAGCUUUAGAGAAACAUAGUGGUUCUCUAAUGACUUCCAGGAAAUUUUCUUCCUGAAUAGAUUGCUUAGUCACCCAAACCAGGCUUUCUUCUGCUGUAGACCAUCAGCAUGAUCUCCACUUAGCUAUGCAGCAGGAAUAGUUCUGUUUCUUGCUUGGGGUUGGGGAAGUCAUCCCAGAGAAGGCGGUAGCAACGUGACUACAGUAGUGCCAUAGGAAGACCAGGAAUGCAGAAAGUGGCUGCAGAAUGUAACAUGUGAGACUUCAGUGGGGUGAUCUUCAGCAAGAAGAGAACCUCCCCAGAGCUGGGGUUUGGCAGGGGAGAUCUUCAAUAAACAGGACUAGCAAUUCAGGCAAAAUCAGCACAUCCCAAAUAGAUUCUUGCCUCAGUAGCCAGGUAAAGAGAGGAUGACACUCCUUUACUAGCAGGAGCUGCUCUCUUGACCUCUCCGCAGGUUACUAUGCUGCCUUUCUGAGGUUAUUUUGCACAUUUCUUUGUCUUGAAAAAAUGUUUGUAUGGUUGGUUUUUUUUUUUUUGCUCUUGAGUUAUUCCCUCAGUUCUGUGUAGGUACAAAUGAGUUUAGUUGUUGAAAAUGUUAAUAUAUAUAUUUGUGGUGUAUGUAUAAGAACAUGUUUUAAACAGCUGCUGUAGGGUACCUUUUUAAAAUUAAACUACUUGCAUAGUAUAUUUUUAAAGCACAGAAUUGGUGCCAAGACUGGGUGGGGUGUGAUAUGCCCCUUUCUUUUUUAAAACUAAUAUUUUAUGAUUUUUUUUAACAUAGGGUUUGUACUAGUUUCUGUUGCAGGGUGGGACACAAAUUGCACAAUAAAAUACAGUGUGUAUGGAACUCUACAUGGUUGCCUUCAGCCUGAACCAGUGUCUUCCCUAACUGCUGGGAAGCAGCUGUGUUCUCCCCACUUCUAAUACUCUUACGCUCCUUUGUCUCCAUCUCUUCUCACUUCUCCAUUACAUUUUGUACAGUUUUAAACUCUCACAUCCUAUUUUAUGGCUGUAGAUAAUACUCAAUAACCUAAUAAACUUUAUUAAAUAUUG